AUAAAACAAGGCAGAGAUGGAUCCGGAUCGAACCUGUAGUUUUUGAUCCAGGCGGACCCGACCCGACCCGAACCGACCGGGGGAACAACUGAGGACGUGUUUUGUUGAGUUUUUGGGAUCAAACAAAAGAAGAAAUCAAUCGGCGGCGGGAGAAGCUAAGGAAUGUCGAGGCUAUGGGCGAGAGUUGCCGGAUUGUUCAAAAGCAAGAGUUUCAUCGGAGCAGACCAGACUGGUAACAAGUACUUCUCCAGGAUGGAGGAGAUCGACGGCCUGGUGAAGGAGAAACGUUGGGUUGUCUUUAGACGAGAAGAGGACCCAACCUCUGUUCCUGUUGAAUGGAUAUGUUGGCUUAAUGGGCAGCGGAAAAGAGCUCCAACUCCAGAGGAAAUGGCUGAACUUGAAGCAAGGCGUGAGCGUGUGAAGCUUAAUGUUGCUCGUCUUAAGAAAGAAGAGGAGGAGAGGAAAGCCAGAGAAGGAACUGGACGCAAAAUCACGAGCAUCGGUAAAGUCGAGGGUCCAGAUUUGUCAAGCUUUGUUCGCCAGUUUCCACCGGAUUCAAAAGGUGGUAAACCAGAGGAAACUAGUGGAGAAGCAGAUCAAUCAAGGGUCAAGGAACAUGAGCCCGAGGUAGUUACUGCAGAACCACCCGAACCAAAGACAACAGAGCCAUCAGGGUCUGGAUCAUCAUUUAAGCCCGGAACCUGGCAGCCACCAUCCUAAACACAUCUCAUGUUUACUGAGAUAACAACCAGCAUAUUUUUUUAAUCCAAUCAUCUGUUUGUUGUAGUCUAUUGGUUUGAGUCUUUCAUAUGAUUCAGAGAGCUCGUGAGGACCCUAAAUGUGUGGCCUUUCAGGGCUUUCACGUUGUUAUUGAGGGACUUGGAAGAGUCAAAAAUGAGAAGCCAUUUCCUUAUGAUUUGUUUUGUGUGGUGGGGUUGUCUCUUGGCAUCUUGUUUGAGACUUGAAUUGUCUCUGUCCUUAAUAGCUUAGGAAGAGCCUAUGAUUCACCCUACUUUAGUUGACUUUUUGUCAACAGUUGACUUUUAUUUAAUAUAAUUUAAACGAGUAAUUUUUUAGGCAAAUGAACAUCAUAAUGUUGAAUAACAA